AUGAUAUAAAAAAAUAAAUUAUGUAAUAACAAAAUAUUAUUUAAGAUAAAUUCAAUACUGACGAUGUUGGUCCAUGGUAGGAUGUCAAUUAAAAUUCUAAAGCAAUAUUAGAAGAAUUUAACGAACCAUAACUACCUUUGUAUUCUAGUUAAGAAGAAAAGAACAAAUUUAUAACAACCAAAACAAGCUAUUCAAAGCUAAAUAAACUCAAUGUAACUACUACUUGUGGUGAAUUUCCAAUUAAAUUUUAAAGAAAUAGAGUUAAAAGCAUUGAUCAACCUUAGAGAUAGUUACUUAAAGCAACACCUGUUAAAUAAUAUUGCGAUUUCAGGUUAUCUAAAGAAUUAAUGAUUUAUCGAACCACAGCAGAUUUUCCUAAACAUACAUUACCCAGAAAUUUCUUAUCUUUCUAGAGAUUCAAGAAAUAGCCUGAAAGAAAAAAGACGAUUAAUUCAUAAGAAAUUAAUCCAUAAUUGUUAUAAAUGCAAAUGUAAAUAAAAAAAAUGGAAGAAAUUAUUUAAUAAUAAAAAAAGUAUUCUUGGGAAAUAGGAGCUAAAAGAUUGUCUAAUCCUAAAUUUUAGACCUUCUUAAGUACCUUGUACUGA